AUGGCGGCCGCCAAGAAACCUCUGGAAUUCCACGCCAAGAAUCCUUGGCAACCGCAGGAGGCGGUGGAAGAUCCAGACGAUGAAGAGGAAGGCGAUGAGACAGAGAAUGGCUUCUCCCUGGAGGAGGUGCUGCGGCUCGGGGGCACCAAGCAAGAUUACCUUAUGCUGGCUACUUUGGAUGAAAAUAAGGAAGUUGUGGAUGGAGGCAAAAAGGGAGCCAUCGAUGACCUUCAGCAAGGUGAACUGGAAGCUUUUAUUAAAAGCCUGAGUUUGGCCAAGUAUGCGAAUUACCUAAAUGAAGAAAGUGAACCAGCUGAAAAAGAAGGUGCCAGCAAAAAAGAAAGAAAAGUAGAUAAUAAAAAGCAAGUGGCACCAGAAAGUGAAAGGACACCCACCAGUAAGGUGAAAAAUAAAAAGAGGUCUGAACAAAAGCCAGAUGAGAACCAGGACUGCAGUGCUGUUCUGAAAGUAAAGAAAGACAAGCAACAAGACAUCUUUGAAUUUCUGGAGAGACCUGUGCUGUUGCUGAAGCCAGGGGGCAAGUGGUACGAUCUGGAGUAUAGCAGUGAGUAUUCCUUAGAGCCCCAGCCCCGGGAGCUCGUGGCGAAAUACAAGGCCUUGGCUCAGAAGUUGUAUGAGCAUGAAAUCAACUUAUUCAAAAAUAAAAGCAAUCACCAAAAGGGAGCCUCUUCUACGUGGAUGAAGGCCAUCGUGUCCUCGGGAACCCUGGGGGACAGGAUGGCAGCCAUGAUUCUCCUCAUCCAGGAUGACGCUGUCCACACCCUCCAGUUUGUGGAAACUCUGCUAAGCCUCGUGAAGAAGAAAGGCAGCAAGCAGCAGUGCCUCAUGGCUCUGGACACUUUCAAAGAGUUGCUCAUCACAGACCUUCUGCCUGACAGCCGCAAGCUGCGGCUCUUUAGCCAGCACCCUUUCACCACGCUGGAGCAGCUGGCCAGCGGCAACAAGGACUCUCGAGACCGGAGGCUUAUCCUGUGGUAUUUCGAAAACCAGCUAAAACAUUUAGUGGCCGAUUUUGUGCGGGUCCUGGAAACCUUCAGUCACGAUUCACUGAUGGCCACCAAAAUCCGAGCCCUGGCAGCGGCUCACGAGCUGCUUUGCAACAAGCCCGAGGAGGAAAAGGCACUACUCGUGCAGGUGGUCAAUAAGCUGGGCGACCCUCUCAACAGAAUCGCCACAAAAGCCUCCCAUCUCCUGGAGACGCUGCUCUGUAAGCACCCCAACAUGAAGGGGGUCGUGUGCGGGGAGGUGGAAAGGCUCCUCUUCCGCUCCAACAUCAGCGCCAAAGCCCAGUACUACGCCAUUUGCUUUUUGAAUCAGAUGGUCCUCUCCCACGAAGACAGUGACUUGGCUAACAAGCUAAUCACUGUUUAUUUCUGCUUCUUCCGGACUUGUAUCAAGAAGAAAGAUAUUGAAUCCAAAAUGCUCAGUGCCCUUUUGACAGGUGUCAACAGGGCAUACCCAUACGCCCAGAGUGGAGACGACAAAGUCAGGGAGCAAGUGGACACACUCUUUAAAGUGCUACAUGCCGUCAACUUCAGCACCAGCGUGCAGGCGCUCAUGUUGCUCUUCCAAGUGAUGAAUUCUCAGCAGUCAAUAUCAAAUCGCUACUACGCGGCUCUGUACAGGAAGAUGUUGGAUCCUGGGCUGACGUCGUGUUCUAAGCAAGCCUUGUUCCUUAACCUUGUCUACAAGUCUCUGAAGGCUGACAUCGUGUUGCGCAGAGUGAAGGCUUUUGUGAAGAGGUUGCUUCAAGUUACUUGUGAACAGAUGCCGCCAUUCAUAUGUGGAGCUCUGUAUCUUGUGUCUGAGAUCCUUAAAGCAAAGCCAGAGUUAAGAAGUCAACUAGAGGACCAUCCGGAGUCUGAUGAUGAAGAAAAGUUUGUUGACAUAGCAGAUGAAGAAGACAUGGAAAAAUUCACUGAUGCAGAUAAGGAAACUGAAGCAGAUGCAGGAAAAAACGUUGAGGCAGAAGAAACUGUGUCUGUAAGUUCCACACAAGCCAAAAAACCAGGAUCUGCUUCUUGGGUACACAUUGAUAAUUUGAAAGGUAGCAAACAGUUAAAUGCGUAUGAUCCAUUCAGUAGAAACCCUUUGUUCUGUGGAGCUGAACAUACAAGCCUUUGGGAACUCAAAAAGCUAGCUGAGCAUUUCCACCCCUCUGUGGCCCUUUUUGCAAAGACCAUCCUUCAGGGAGACUAUAUCGAGUAUUCAGGGGACCCACUGCAGGAUUUCACACUAAUGAGAUUCUUGGAUCGAUUUGUAUACCGAAAUCCAAAGCCGCAUAAAGGCAAAGAAAAUACGGGCAGUGUUGUGAUGCAGCCAAAAAGGAAGCAUUUUAUGAAAGAUAUUCGUGACCUUCCCGUGAACAGUAAGGAGUUCCUUGCAAAAGAAGAAAGCCAAAUACCAGUGGAUGAACUGUUUUUCUACAGGUAUUAUAAAAAAGUUGCUGUUGUCAAAGAGAAACAAAAGCGGAACACAGAUGAUGAAAGUAUAGAAGAUGUGGAUGACGAGGAAUUUGAAAGGAUGAUUGACACAUUUGAAGAUGAUAAUUGCUUCACCUCUGGAAAGGACGACCUUGAUUUUGCUGGCAACAUGAAAAAGAAAAAGAAAGGAGUUAAGAGUGAUGCAGAGGAUGAAGAUGAAGAUUCAGAGGCGAGUGAGGAUGACUUUGAUAAUUUAGAUGAUGAUGAAGUGUCUUUAGGAAGUAUGGGUGAAGAGUUCACUGAAUUGGAUGAAGAUGCAGGCACGUUCAUGGAUGUGGAUGAUGAGAGUGAGGAUAUUCCAGAACUUGAUGAUGACAUCGGCACCAAAGCAGGUAAAAAGAGAAAGGGUCCAAGUGAUUUUGACUUUGCUGGAUCAUUUCAAGGACAGAGGGGAAAAAAGAAGAGAAAUCUCCGUGACUUCAAUGACCCCGACCUGUUUGUGUCUGCUGAGGAGUUUGGUCACCUGUUGGAUGAAAAUAUGGGGUCCAAGUUUGAUAACAUCGGCAUGAAUGCUAUGGCUAACAGAGACAAUGCAAGUCUCAAGCAGCUGAGGUGGGAGGCUGAGCGGGAUGACUGGCUCCACAACAGAGACGUGAAAAGCAUCCUUAAGAGAAAGAAGAACUCCAACAACAAGAGGUUGCACCCCACUCAGAAAAACAAGAAGCAAAGAAAAUGAGUGUUUUCAAAAUGGACAUCUACUUACUCAUUUUUGCUGUUCAACCAUUUUUCUUGAUCUUGUUGUCUGAGACCAUACAUUCCAGACUGUUCAAUGGAUUUGUAAUAAACUAUAAAUGAAAACAAC